ACUUCCCUGAAGUCGGAUUGUUUACGGCGAUCUCUUCCCGCGCUGCUGCGUUAAAAAUCAGCUGAUUUUCGGAGAAGCGGCGGCCCCACAUGGCUCACCGGACCCCACCUGAGAUCUGACGAUGAUCAAGACCGAGAGGAUCCUGCACCUGAAGAGCUGCCGGGGCCGGAAGGUCCGGGUGGUCCGGGAACACUACCUGAGAGAGCGGGUCCCCUGCUUCAGCUCCCGGUGCCAGGCCGCCUGCCCCAACGAUGGAAAGGUGCUUCCAGGCGAUCUGACCCACUACGUGUUCCCUGAUGUCGGCGUGGUGCUGGACUUCCUGGAGAUCCUGGAGUUCAGAGAGCUGCAGGGCAUCGUCUUCACGCAGACCGCCUGUCAGGCCGUGCAGCACAGCAAAGGACGCAGGUACGCUCUCACCGCCACGCCCAGCAGAAUACGACGCCA